AUGGGCGGCGGCCGCCCGCCGCGGCCCAUGCGGCCGCCCGCCGCCAUGCUGCCCGCCCACCGCCGGGCCCGGCCGAGGGGCGACGCCCAGGAGAGCGGCCUCGCCUUCUUCGUGCUGUGGGCGCUGCGGGAGCCGCCGCGGCGGCUCGGCAGCAAGUCCAGCAAGAUGGGUUUCCAGGCUUGGCUGCCCCUGCCAUUGCCAAAGCAGCUGGUGGUGUUCGGGCUGGGAGACUGGAGCUGUUACUCACCAAACACAAGCAUCGUGGCGGACGUGCUGGUGUCCCCGGGCAUCGCGCCGCAGCGGGUCGGCACGCUGGAGCCCACCCGCAGGUCUCUGGUGUGGGAAGGUGACUGGAGGACAGAUAUUUUCAUGGCCUCAUUGAAAGAGAUGGAUAAAAGCAACUCUGUGAAGCUUGUACUGACUGUCAAUGGACAGCUGCUCCGAGGUGUCUCCAGCAGUACACCCACCCAUCCCUUCCUCAUCCCGGAGACCACACAGUCACCAGUGCUCCCAGCAGAUGAUAUGCCCCUUGGUCGGGACCUGGAGGAUCCUACUGUGGUUAAGAGUCAGAGCUCAGAGGUGACUGCUAGAGCAUCCAGGCGUGGGAGGAAGGACGUCUGCCCAGCACUGAGGACCCUGGCGGUACCCUGUGCCCUGAAACCACCAUCUGGCAAGGUGGAACCCAGCCAGGCCUGGAGGAAGAGUCCUGUCCACCCCAAGAAGCCCAGGAAAGUUUUAUUUGAACCCACAGCAUCUGAGAGAGAUCUCGAUGAAGAAGAUCUGGCAGUGGAGGAGUUGCGAGGCAGUCCCAGCCCACGGUGGUGCCAUGCCAUGUGCCUCAGUGACCUGGGGACAGCUGUUCUGAUCGAUGGAGAAGGUGUCGAUCAGCAGUCUUGCAAGGAUGCACUCUGGAAGCUGGAAAUUGACAGUGAUUUCUGGCUUCCAGUGGGUUUCCAGCUACAAAACACCAUGCCAUCGUGCUUGCGUGGUCACACAGCUACCUAUGACCCAGAUACCAAGCGUAUCUACAUCUUUGGGGGCAUAAGGGAGGACAAAGACUACAGCAGCAUCUACAUUCUGGACACAGUCACCUGGAAAUGGCUCCUCGUGGCUGCUAAAGGGAGGGUGCCAGUGCUCAGCUACCACAGUGCAAUUAUCUACCGGAAGGAGCUCUUUGUUUUCGGAGGGACUUUCCCCAAAAAGGCAUCACUGGCAGUUGGACCCUGCAGCAAUGUGCUCUAUGUCUUCAAUCCAGAGCAUGAAAUUUGGUACCAGCCCAUCUCAGAAGGGGAGAAACCUCUGCCUAGGCUUGGGCAUUCUGCUACUCUACUGAAGAACAAGCUGCUGAUUUUUGGGGGUCGGAGGACUUUUCUCUACCUCAGUGACAUGCACAUCCUGGAUCUGGGUUUCAUGGAGUACACGCCAGUGCCCUUCCUCACAGGACAGCCUUCUGCACGUUGUUUUCAUGCAGCUCUGGCUGUGUCGGACCAGAAGGUUCUGAUCAGUGGAGGCUGCAAUGCCAAGGGAGCCCUGCAGGAUGCCUUUGUCUUCCACCUAGAUACUCUUUCAUGGAGCACGGUGAUCCACCACGACCUCUGUUCUGUGCCCCGAGCUGGCCACACGUUGCUUGACCUGACUCCUGCCCACCUGAUGGAUGUGGACAAGGAGAACAAAGAGGAGCAUAACCUGCACACGGUGUUGGUCUUUGGGGGCUCCAACUGUGCCGGGAUCUUUUACAACAGCACAGUCAAGAUCCAGCUGGACGUAGGAUAAUGCACAAUACUUGGAAUGAGCCUGGAACAGCAAGGGCUCUUCACCAGCCUGAAUACAGACAUGGAUGGCAAUAAAUGAGUCCAAGCAA